UGGGAAGAUUAUGUCGAGUCUAGAAACAACCAAUCACAUUGGUCCGUUUGGGACCGGAAGCUGUGUUGUUUACAUUUUCUAAGAUGGCGGCGGGGAUGUAUUUGGAGCAUUAUCUGGACAGUAAGCUCUUUCUGAUGGAUUUUAGGUGUUGGGAAAAGUAUUCACCGCCCUCGUUUAUUUAAUGCGCAGUUUUUCGGUUUGUAAAGUGGGUCCUAGUUUAUCUGCGGGCGGAUACAACGCCCCUUACCAUUCCACAACGGUCAGCGUUUUGGGCUCAGUCUAAUUGCUGGGGGACCAGAUCGCAUCGUAGUGAAGAAAGGAUGCUAUUUGACGGGGACUUUAUCAGACCUCUGGAAAAAAAAUUGCAAAACAUAUUUCACUGAGAUCUUUAUUAUAAGCUUUGUAAGAUUAAUCAUGCGUGGCCUCUGUCUGUUAAAAAUGUUUAUCAAAACAUUUUGCCAUCCAGUGCAGAUGAUCUGGUUAGCUCGUCAUCAUGCACACAUUGGCAAUGCUUUUUCUUUCUUAGGUUGGCUUUACUGUAAGUGUGAAUUAAUUGAGUUUUCUUUCCUCUCACCCCCAGGCAUCGAAAACCUGCCUUUCGAGCUGCAGAGAAACUUCAACUUAAUGCGAGAUCUCGAUCAGCGCACAGAGGGUGAGGGUUUUUAACAGGGUGUUCAACAGAUUGGAUUAUAUUUCUGGAUCCAUAUAAAACUUUUCAGUUGACCCAACUAGGAUAAAUGUGCCACAGUAGUUUCAGACCUUUGUAUAAUAACCCUUAAGGAUUUUUUUGCUGUCAAACAUGAAACAUAUAGGGCAGAGAACAAAAGUUAGAAGGAUUUCCUUCCAAAUCAUUUUGUUCUCCUUUGUCUUGUGAUGUAUGUCUACUUUGUAUCCAAACCUUAAUCUUUGAUAAGGAGUUAAAAAGAGAAGCUCAUUUAUAAUAAUGUCAAAUAGAAGUAUAGGAUUUAGGAACAGUUGUUGAUGUGUAAUACUGACCAUCACAUCUUCCCACUAGUGUACAAAAAUGUCUAAGAACACAUUUUUAUUAUUAAAUUCUCAAUUAUCCUCGUCAUAACAUGGAUUUUAAGCCUUUUCCAGUAUCCUUCUAAGUCAACAGUUGUCAUCACUGACUGAAAAACCAAAUGGAUCCCUCUGUGUGUCCUUUAAAGGCAACUAGACCAUCUUUUGCAUCUUUAUCUAUUGCAGAUCUAAAGGGGCAGAUAGACUCCCUGGCCAAGGAAUACACCGCCAAUGCCCGGACUCUUUCCUCAGAGCAAAAGCUGUCCAUACUCAGGCAGAUUCAGCAGUCUUACAGUAAAUGCAAGGAGUUUGGAGAUGAUAAGGUGCAACUGGCCAUGCAGACCUAUGAGAUGGUUGGUAUAUUUGAAGGAAAAUUUAUGUUUGAUGAUUAUCUGUAAGUCAUGUGAAUAAGAGAACUCUUACUUCUAAAAUGUGUAAGAUGCCAAAUUUCUAUUCUCAGCCAGUCAGCUCAAGUUCUGUUUACUACAGGUCGACAAACACAUUCGACGUCUGGACACAGACCUGGCACGGUUUGAGGCGGACCUGAAGGAAAAACAGAUUGAGAGCACAGACUAUGAUUCCACCUCCAGUAAGGGGAAGAAAGGUGUGUGUGAGUUGUUUUUUAAAUAUAUUCUUACUGUUUUCAUAGACAACUCUCAGAACCAUAAAAAAAACCCCUAGAAAUUAAAAAAAAAAAUUAUGGUGUUAUUUCAGGUGACACCAGACAGAAGGAAAAGAAGACAGCUAAAACAAGGUCCAAAGUAAAGAGUUCAGAUGAAGAUGGCAGCCCAAAGAGUGCACAGAAGAAAGUCAAACUCCUUCAGCCGUAUGUUUUGCAUCUACUAGCUCAUGAUGAAAGGGUUUGCGUUUCAUGUUAAAAGUUAUUUGUCAAAGUUUAACCCCCUUUUCUCAUCACCAGAGGAGAAUUCAACAACCCAUCUGCCAACUUUGGAAAUGUGCACCCAUCUGAUGUACUGGACAUGCCAGUAGACCCCAACGAACCAACAUACUGUCUGUGCCAUCAGGUCUCUUAUGGCGAGAUGAUUGGCUGUGACAACACUGAUGUAAGCUUUUUUAUUUCUUGGGAAGUGGUUUAUUGGAGAUAUUUUAAGGAUGUAGCUUCCUUAAAAUACUUUUCAUUUUUUUGUUUUUACACCAGGCCUUGUUUUCCAAGUUUAUAUUACUUUUGGUAAUGCUGAUUUAGUUUUUGAUGUAGUGAUUAAUAAAAGCAUAGAAAUAGAAAGAGAUGAGAGAAGAAGAGUGUUGAGUGUUCAUAAACACAGGUGAGAAUGUGUGUAUUUUUAAUUGGUUUUGUACCUGUAUUUAUCUGUUUUAACUGUUGCCUGUAAGUGGAAUCUAACAUAAGAAUUACCAGGAAAUAAACCUCUGAAAAAUAAUAGUACAGGAAGAGAGUUUGAGGUGUAAAUCUUAAAGCUCCCGUGAAGUACAAUUCAGUUUAAAAAAAUGUGGGGUUUUUUUUUGUCAAAAAACCUAAUUCUUCUUUACUGUAAUGCCUUUCAAAAUUAAAGAAAAAGUUGAUUUAUAAAGAUGCAGUUUAUCAUUUUUAUAAAUCACCAUUUCGUGGCAGAAGCUUCAGACAUUGAAAAUGUAAUAAAUAUAAUCAGUCAUCUUCCUGAUGGUCCUUUCAUACAAAGGUCAUAGAAAGGCAUCAGCAUUCAUUUUAUUUUGUUUUAUGACGAGUUAAAAACUGCUUGGGAGCUUUAAAAAAUGUGACAUUUAGAAAAAAAAGUGGUGAACAAAGACAGAGAUAGAAAUUAAUGGUUAACUUUGUUUAUUGCCCUUUACAAAAACAUUAGGAAUUUAUACAGGGUUUUUUUUAUUAUAAUGACAUUGACAUUUUUUUAAAGGUCAGCAACAGUUUUCUGUUAAAUGUAUGUGCCUCAUUGAAAAUAUUUAAUUUACAAUAUAUGUGCUCUUUUAUUAAAUAAAUCUUUAGUUUAAAACAAGUCAGAAAAACAACUCUGAAAACAACUCUUUCAUAUGAGCUUUUUGUUAUUUUUAUCAUCUCCAUUUGCAGGGUUACCUAGAAACACCUCUUUUUAACGCUCUGGAUUUUUGCUCUUUCCUCAGUGCUCCAUUGAGUGGUUCCAUUUUGCCUGUGUGGGCCUGACAACCAAACCAAGAGGCAAAUGGUAAGAAACUUAGCGACGGAAGCAGAGCCUACACGGUGCUGUCCUACCUAAAAUACAAGAAUAUUUUGUUGCAGUAGUGAAAAUACAUUUCUGAUUUCUAUAUCUUUUUUUUCUAUGGCAUGCAGGUAUUGUCCACGGUGCUCACAAGACAGAAAGAGAAAAUAAAAAAGACCUGGUUAUCCUGGAACAAAAUGUGGACUCAGAUCUGACAGAGAAGGAGGAGGAUAUUUCUUCAUUAGUUACUAAAAUUUUUGUUCUCACCUUUAACAUUUUUUUGGUGCUUUUUCUGUUGGUUUACAUAAUUUGCCUUGGUCUGAUGCAGUGUGAGUGAAGGAGCCAAGUGGUUACAGUUGUAUUUAAAUAUUGAUUUUGGAUUACUUUUAACAGUUGUUGUUUUUUUUAUUUUAUUUUACUUUUUUUGUUUCCUUUGGUGCUCUUAUUGUGACUGUUGUUGUUUUUUUUUACAAGUGCAUAUUGAACACUACAACUGCCCUGGAUUUUUUUUAUUAUUUCUGAGGGGACACCACACAUCAACAUUCAGCUGUUCAACUAUAAAAUUGAAGUAUUUUCUUUGAAAACAGUUUUGCCAUGGAUAAAUUUUAGCUUUGUUGCAUAAUUAGUUUUUUGUGUGUUUAGCCAUGAAACACUAGUGAUAUGAUUUAUAGCAAGAGGGCAAAAAAUAAAUUCAAAUGCUGCAUCCUGACAGUAUUAGGCAACAGUGGUAGUGAGUUUAACCAUUUCAUUUAACAUUUGAUUGAGUGCUGUAUAGAAAGUAAGACAUUCUGUGAAAAGUAUUGUCAUUUCUGUAGCUGAAACAUUGGUACAAGGGAGAGGGGUGCUUGUGUUGUCAAUCAUUUGAAUACAGCUACUACCUCAAAAAUCUUGCCUCUGU